AUAACUAAUCUCCACAGCUCUGCUUAUAAAAAGCACUAUCCCCUCAACAUAACUUUGCAUUCCUCCCUAUAAGUGAUACCUUUUCUUUUUUCUAUUCAUCCGUCAGGUUGACAUACAACAUAAUGGUAAGUGUGAGAGAGGCCAUGGGAACAGUUAUUCUCAUUGUCGCGAUGACAAUAUUCAUACGGGUGGCUGAAGGGCAAGGCCAAGAGUCAUGGGCCAAAAGGGUUGACACAGGCAAGAAAGUGGUAACAACUCUUCAGUUCUACUUCCAUGACACGCCCAGUGGACCAAAUCCAAGUGUAGUCCCGAUCGCACAAGCUGCUGGAACCAUCAAUACGACUACCAUGUUUGGAGUUCUGAAUAUGCUUGAUGAUCUACUUACUGUUGGACCUAACCCAACUUCAAAGAUAGUAGGCCGAGCCCGCGGACUGUAUGUAUUCGCUAGUCAAACUGAUUUAAACCUCAUCAUGGUGAUGAGCUUUUGGUUCACGGAUGGUAUCUACCAAGGGAGUUCAUUAAGCCUAUUAAGCUUGUACCCGGUAAUGAACCCGGUUCGGUCGUGGGUAUGCUCUGGCUCAAACUUAUUCGCUCAAUUCUACUACUGCAAUUUCUGGAUACAAUGUUACCAUUGUCACAUGUGUUUGAUUUCUUCUUUAUUGUCAUUGUGUUGGAAUUCCGUAUCCAGAAGCGUGUAUACAAUAAGUAUAAAAUUUCAAUCCCCAAGUAUACGUUAUCAAAUUAAUCUCAUAUAAGCUACCCUAUUUCCUUCAA